AUGGAGAACCAUCGAAAUUUCUCAGGGAAUACUCUUGGAAACAAUGCGACUGUCAACCAAGGCAAUUUCGCCCAGAUUACAGUUAAUACCAAUACGUCCAACGCGGACAAGUCAUUUCUCCAAGAGAUCAGCAAAACGGAUCCUUUCUACGAUAAAAAACGGAUUCUAACCCUGAAGGGCCCCCUUUUAUGGGAGUCGUUUAGUUGGAUCUUGAGACAUCAACAGUUCAACGAAUGGCGCCAUACAAAACAGAGUGGUGUUUUGUGGAUUAAAGGGGAUCGUGGAAAAGGCAAAACAAUGCUGCUUUGUGGCAUCGUCGAAGAUUUUGAACAAAAUUCUCAAAGCGAAAAUCUAAGCUACUUCUUCUGUCAAGCUACAGACUACAGAAUCAACACCGCUGCAGCCGUUGUCGGCGGACUGAUCAAAUCGCUGCUCAAGGGACACCCGAGACUUCUCUCCCGCGUUCGAGAGAACUAUGAAGAUAAACUCAAGGAUCAGCUAGAUGGGGCCAACGCAUUAGUCAUUCUAUGCGAUAUCUUUGAGAGCAUCAUCAAUGAUCCGGGGCUAAAUGAUGUCAUCUGUGUUGUCGAUGCCCUCGAUGAGUGUAUGAAAGACUGCCGACAUCUUCUAAACCUUAUUAUCAAAACAAGCGGUCAUGUCAAGUGGCUGCUGUCGAGUCGCAAUGAGAAAGACAUAGAAAAGAUGCUCGACCAGGUUCCUCAAAAGCUUAUCUUGGAAUUAAAACAGAAUGCCGAACGAAUAUCUACGUCCAUUGAUGUAUAUAUCAGGCACCACAUUCACGAAAUUGAAGCCUUGAAAGAUGAUGAACAGCUUCAAGCAAAAGCACUUGACAUACUAGGAAGCAAAGCCCAGGGCACCUUUUUAUGGGUGGCACUUGUGGUUGAACAGCUACACAAAACAGACUGUUGGGACGUGGAAAACGUUCUGGAAGAGGUGCCGAAAGAUCUACAGAGCCUCUAUGGUCUAAUAUUAGAUCGAACAGAGAAACUGGGGGAGAGAAGCAAAGAAAUCUGCCGAGUCCUGCUUUCAAUCGUCACCACGGCUAAGAGGCCUCUGCACCUUAGAGAGCUACUUGUUUUCAUCAAUUCGCAUUGGAAAGGCGAUAGGCACUUCAAAACUACAUACGUACUACGUGAUGUACGAGACAUGGUGAAGACUUGUGGAUCGAUUCUAUCUAUACGAGAUGAUACCGUCUACUUUAUUCACCAGUCAGCAAAGGAUCACGUUGUGGAGAACGCGGCUGAGAGAAUUUUCCCGAUUCUACAUCAACAUUACAAAAUGUUUGAAGCUUCGUUAGAUGCUAUGUCUGAUGUCCUCGAGUACGACAUAUAUGGAUUGGAAGACCCCGCAAUACAUAUAGACGCUAUUCCCUUGAAAGACGUCGACUCUGAUCCCUUGGCUUCCAUAAGAUAUUGCUGCGUAUUCUGGGUUGAGCAUUUAGUCUCGGGUUACCAAUUCGAAGGAUUUGAACACAGCAAAUACCUCAAAGACGACAAAAGACUUCACUCAUUCUUCAAGGAAAAGUUUCUUUGUUGGAUAGAAUCGUUAUCCCUCAUGCGAAGCUUUUAUCCACAGGCCCAGGAUGCUCUUCAGAAAUUCAAGGACCUCAUUGAAAGCUAUCGUGGCAAUGGUAGCAUUGGGAGCGAGGCUUUUCAAACUCCACAGUUGCAGAGAGAGAGCGAGACGCAAGGCCUUAAACAGUUCACUGAUGAUGGCUAUGGGUUUGUGAGAAAUUUUAGGGAACCCGUGGCUUAUUGGCCCUUGCAGCUUUAUUUUUCAGCCAUAAGCUUUGAACAAGACAGCAGUAGCAUCCGAAAGACUUUUGAGUGGACUGUACGUGAAAAAUUCGGACCUUCGCCU